GUAAAAACUAGCCAGUCUUUUGGGUAUGAAACCCAUUUGGGCGAGAGUAGUACUAGGAUGGGUGACCUCCUGGGAAGUCCUCGUGAAAGGGUUUCAUAUCUAGCCUACCCCAACUUGUUUGGGAUCAAAGGCUUCGUAAGUAAGUAGCUUAGGUUACACUUUGAAAAUCAUUUGCCUUCUGUAUGCAUCAUGUGUGAUCUCUUUUUGUUCCAGUAGGGACCAUUCAGUGGGAUUUCUAUUGAAUAAGCUUUGAACCUGAAUUGAUAUUUUAUGGUUAACAGAGUUAAGUCGCAGGAAAUAUGUGCUUUUGGUAAUUGAGGUAGAUAUAUGUGUGUUUCUUUUUUGCUGUAAUGUGGUUGUUAUUUUAAUUUAGAAAUUUAACAGAUGUUGUUUGCAUGACAAGAUGUGUACUGUACCUACUUACUAAUAGCAGAAUCUUAAUCCUUCUCAAGCAGUCGAUGGAGACUUGGCAUUCCCGGGUUUACUUUGCGAACAAUAUCAUUUAGGAACUGACUGCCAUUUGCUGAAUUGUUGAAAAGUGGAUAUGAUGGAAGAAGGUACCGGAAAUGUUCUUGUUGUUGUAAGCUAUUUGCAUGAAGCGCUAAAAUGCAAAAGAAAUUUCUUGGAGCAGACAUAGAGGAUUUGACGCUGCUGCUUCUUACCUCUGUAGAGAUCCUGGUAUGGUGCCUCGUAACAAUGAUACUGUAAAUGGAACCGAUGCAAAGGUCAAGUACUAUGACACCUGCCUGCAGCAUCCGCCGCCUCGUUCUUCUCACUGUUCUAUCUGUAACAACUGUGUGGAGCGUUUUGAUCAUCACUGUCCUUGGGUUGGUCAAUGCAUAGGACUGGUAACUAUAUUAAUGCCUAAUAGUCUAAUAUAUUUCAUUGUCAUCCGAAUCUGCAUGGUGAAUCUCUAUUGCAACUUGAUUCGGAUCAUCUACUGUUUUAUUUGUGUGUGGUUUUUUGGCAGUCUUUUUGUCUUUCAUCUCUACCUGAAGAGCACCAAUCAGGUCGCUUCCCUUCCCACCUUUCCUCUGUUUUAAAACUCUUGGUAUUUAAAUCAUUUUUUCGCAACUUCGUAAUUAUUCAAUCCUUCAUCUUUGCAAACAACCUACAAGAACUUUAGGUAUCGGUGCGACCUACGGUCUAACCCAUAUACCAAGAUUGCUUAGAGCUAACAUAGAGGUUAAUUAAAUUAAUCUUUAGUUCUCCUCUGAUCCUCGUGGCGGCGGCACGGGUCAGCUGUUCGGGGACAAGGGGCGCCUCGUCCGGCUGGUCUCCCGGAGGCAGGGACGGCUAGAUCCGGUGGUGGCUGGGCUAGGAGGAGGUGCAGCGGAGCUGGUGGCGGGGUUUCGGUCGGGAUCGUCUUCGAUCUCGAUCGGGAUCUCCAUCGGGGGCGUCGCACAGCGAUGGCGUGACCGGAUCGGUGGCGGGCACCGCUCGGUUCCAGCCAACCGCGAGAUCGGGACGACGUGGCUUUUGAUGAAAAUCGCGCCUAACCGCGGUCAUGGCAGACGACGGCGGCGUCUCGGACGUCGUUCCCUUCUCGAGGCAUCGUCGCUGCAGGUCACGUCAACCUGAUCGGAAGGUUCCGGGGGAAACCCUAGAUCUGGAUCUAUUGGAUCGGACGAUGGCGACGUUUCGAUGUCGUUAUCCCUCCUGGGGGCAUCAUAUUGGAGCAAGUGUUGGCUGGAGGGGACAAGAGGAGGAGCGGCGUGGUAUCUGACACGUCGACAACGGCGGGUCUCAGCGGCAUGGAGCAGCGGGGUCUCGUCGGUGGGUGUGUGAUGAUGGACGAGCGCAGGAUGGUGGUGUUGUCUGGCAUCGUGGUGGCGUCGACGGCAGCUAGACCGGGCAAGGUACAUGCAACAGUACAACACUAAAGAUGGAUUGGUGGCAGAUGGCUGCGGCGGCCUCAUACUCGACAGGCGUCCAGGCUGAAGAGUGCGCCGGACUGGUGGGUGCCCCAUACCUGGCAGGCGUCCUGAUUGGGACCUCAGGUCUUAGAUGUUAGGUUUGGCUGCGAGGUCUGUUUGGUAUUAGGCACAGACUAUCAGCAUCCCUUCAUCAACUGGAUAGGAGUAGCGACAGAUGUUGUCUAGAUGAUGGCUUUAGUCUUACUUUUAUAUGACUUUGUAAGGUCUUGUGUAAGUAAUUAAUAAAGUGGCUGCAUGCAUCGUCCAGAUGCAGAGG